AUGGCUUACAGUGUGCGGAAGAGCUGGUGGAUGGUGGUAUCGCUGUAUUUCUUGCUGGUAUGCAUUUCGGAUGGGAAUGCUGGGUUAUCUCCAGAGAAAGGAGCAGCAGCACCUUCCUGUUAUGGAGGGUUUGACCUUUACUUUGUACUGGACAAGUCUGGAAGUGUACAGCAUCACUGGAACGAGAUCUAUAGCUUUGUGGAGCAUCUGGCUCAUAAGUUCAUAAGUCCACAGCUACGAAUGUCCUUCAUUGUGUUUUCCACUGAGGGUAGGAUUCUCAUGCGGCUAACUGAGGACAGGGAAAAAAUUCGCAAAGGUCUGGAGGAGCUCCAGAGAGUUCAGCCAGGAGGAGACACAUUCAUGCAUGAGGGCAUUCAAAGGGCAAGCGAACAGAUUUACUAUGGGAACUCUGAGGGGUACCGCACAGCUAGCGUCAUCAUCGCACUCACGGAUGGAGAACUGCAUGAAGACCUCUUCUACUAUGCUGAGAGAGAGGCCAAUCGUUCCCGCAGCCUGGGGGCCUCCGUCUACUGUGUAGGGGUGAAGGACUUCAAUGAGACCCAGCUUGCCAAGAUUGCAGACAGUAAAGAUCAUGUCUUCCCAGUGAAUGGUGGCUUUGAGGCUUUGCAAAGCGUUAUUGAUUCGAUCCUAAGGAGAUCUUGCAUAGAGAUCCUUGCAGCAGAACCUUCCAGUAUCUGUGCUGGAGAGUCGUUCCAAGUUGUCGUGAGAGGGAAUGGGUUCCUCCAUGCCAGGAAUGUGGAUAAGGUCCUGUGCAGCUUCAGAAUUAAUGACACUCUCACCAGGAUGGUGAAGCCAUUGGUAGUGGAGGACACAUACCUGCUAUGUCCUGCACCAGUACUUCGAGAAGAGGGAACGGCGGCUUCCCUUUACGUGAGCAUGAAUGAAGGCCUUAGUUUCAUCUCCAGCUCUGUGACCAUCACCACCGUGGGCUGUUCAGAUGGUACUAUCCUGGCCAUAGCUCUGCUAAUUCUGAUGCUCCUGUUGAUGUUGGCCCUUCUGUGGUGGUUCUGGCCUCUGUGCUGCACAGUGAUCAUCCAUGAGCCCCCGCCACCACCGGAGGAGGAAAGUUCGGAUGAGGAGGAAGAUGGAGUUCCAAAGAAGAAGUGGCCUACAGUGGAUGCUUCCUACUAUGGAGGGCGAGGUGUUGGUGGCAUUAAAAGGAUGGAGGUACGCUGGGGUGAGAAAGGAUCGACUGAAGAGGGUGCUAAGCUUGAGAAGGCAAAGAACGCCAGAGUAAAGAUGCCAGAACAAGAGUUUGAAGAUCCACCAGCCCGGAUUCUCAACAACGGCAUGCGGAAACCCCAAGGUUCUCGCAAGUGGUACUCGCCAAUUAAGGGUAAGCUGGAUGCGCUGUGGGUGCUGCUGAAGAAGGGCUAUGACCGAGUGUCCAUCAUGAGGCCUCAACCAGGAGACAAGGGUCGCUGUAUGAACUUCACCCGCAUCAAGAACACCCCGCCCCGUUACCCUGCCUACAGUCACUCCACCCCUAUCUACAAGCCCCAGCAAGGCUGCAGCCCCCCACCACCCCAGACCCAGCUACCUCCUCCACCCCGCGCUCCUCCAUCCUCUCCACCUCCUCUUUCCAUCACUCCAUCCCCACCCAUCACUCCUCCUCCCUCAUACUCACCACCCCCAGCCUGGUCUCCACCCUCCUCACCUCUUUUCUUUGCUCCGACCACACCCACAGGCUCUCUGCCUCCGCCUCCUCCUCCUCAGGCUCCACCCCCAGGGAGAGCUCCACCACCUGAGCGCCCACCGCCACGCCCCUCUCUUUAGGGCUGAGGCUCUGAUUGGAGGGAGAGGAACAGGAAAUAAAAAACUUGACGGCGGGACGUCACCAGAAGACUCGAGAAGUAAAAACCUGAGGGCAGGAAGUGCAAAGGACUCAAUUUUCCCAUAUCCUCCUUCUCUUGUUUGCUAAACCACAACAUGGUUGUGGCUUUUGACAGUAAAAACCUAAAUGCUUGGACCCACCAGAGGAAACAAAGCGUCUGCUCUCUUGAAAAAUGCUAGGAAAUGGAAUACAACUCACUUUUAAGCCAUAAAACUACCAGGACUAGAGGAAGUAUUAUUCCAGACGACACUGAACAAACCAGUCAAGCCUUCAAAGCUUAACAGCAGACUCUCACAAAACGACCACCACUGCUCACCCCCAGUGACAAAAUGGAAAUUCACUUCACGCAAUUUGCUUGUUAAUGAACUCCUGAGAAGAUAGAGAACAGUACUUGCAGGGAAAAGCAUUGACCCAUGCCAAAAUUAAUGGAUGCGUGUAUAUAUAUAUAUA